UUAAUUUCUUUAUUCUCCCCCGACGGGGCGGGCGGAUUGGCCAGUCGGGCUGACGGACUUUAGCGCUAAGUGUUUUUUUCGUUUCUCUUUUGUCCGAGGGACCUAUCUGCAAGUAACGGAGGAGUGUCGGCUGCGUGUGUGGCUCCCUCUCCCUGCCCCCCUGCGUGUCGUGCAUGUGCUACUGGAUCGGCGCCGGUCGGGGCCGGCUGCGCAAAGCUCUCCCCCGCCGCCUCCCGCCUUCCUCCCUUGUUCGCCGCUCCGUGUCUUGCUGAUGACCUGGUCCGUUCACCGACUCCCGGGAGCAGAGCGGCUGUCUUCGGAGACUUUUUCUCGCCCCCACCGCUUGCGACGGUCCCGCCGCUGACACCGCGUUCUUCCGGCUGGAUUUCCCUCCCCCCCACCACCCCGUUGCUGAGGGGCAGGAGUUGGGUGAGGAGUUGCCUCCGCCCGGGCUUUCCAGCCUUACAGCUACAUCUGCAACCCCAGCGCUCAGGAAGGGGAGCGGACCGUUCAUCCGGGCGGCGGUGGUGCCCCCUCGCUACGCCAGAUCCCGUCCUAUCUCGCCGCACCCAGGCGCUGCGGAGCGUCGGUGACAGUCCCCAGCGGAGCCCACCCACUUCUCCCGGGACCCCCAACACUCCCCAGAACAGCAGCAACAAAAGACCCCGCGCCCGGAGGAUGUUCCCGCGUCGGGGGCACUGAAAGGCGCGGCAGAGGAGGGAAGGCUGCCGCCGAGCGUCGCUGCUCCUGCCCCUCGGCGUCCCAGGCGUGAAGCCAGGGCAGGGCGGGGGGCUCCCAGCCAGAGCCGCGCUGCGAGGGAAACCCUCCGCGACCGGAGUCAUGUUUCCCCAGAGCCGGCACCCUACCCCGCACCAGGCUGCGGGCCAACCUUUCAAAUUCACCAUUCCGGAGUCGCUGGACCGCAUCAAGGAGGAGUUCCAGUUCCUCCAGGCGCAGUACCACAGCCUUAAAUUGGAAUGUGAGAAACUGGCAAGCGAAAAGACAGAAAUGCAAAGGCACUAUGUGAUGUAUUAUGAAAUGUCGUAUGGAUUAAACAUUGAAAUGCACAAACAGACAGAAAUCGCCAAGAGAUUGAAUACAAUUUGUGCACAAGUCAUCCCAUUUUUGUCUCAGGAACAUCAGCAACAAGUGGCCCAAGCUGUAGAACGUGCCAAACAAGUGACCAUGGCUGAGCUGAAUGCCAUCAUCGGGGUACGUGGCCUUCCAGGUCUACCUCCUACACAGCAGCAGUUGCAGGCUCAACAUCUCUCCCAUGGCCAUGGACCUCCAGUGCCUCUAACACCGCAUCCAUCAGGACUCCAGCCUCCAGGAAUCCCUCCACUCGGAAGCAGUGCUGGCCUUCUUGCCCUUUCUAGUGCUUUGGGUGGGCAGUCUCACUUGGCAAUAAAAGAUGACAAGAAGCAUCAUGAUGCAGACCACCACAGAGACAGAGAGCCGGGCACAAGUAAUUCUCUUUUGGUCCCAGACAGUCUGCGGAGCACAGAUAAACGCAGGAAUGGCCCUGAAUAUACCAAUGACAUCAAAAAGAGAAAGGUGGAUGAUAAGGAUUCCAGCCACUAUGACAGUGAUGGGGACAAGAGUGACGAUAACUUGGUUGUAGAUGUAUCCAAUGAGGAUCCUUCUUCCCCAAGGGCAAGUCCAACUCAUUCACCACGUGAGAACGGUAUAGAUAAAACUCGGCUGCUGAAGAAAGAUGCCUCUAGCAGUCCAGCAUCUACAGCCUCUACAGGAAGUUCCACUUCCCUCAAAUCCAAAGAAAUGAGCCUGCACGAAAAAGCCAGCACGCCUGUUCUGAAAUCCAGCACACCAACUCCUAGAAGUGAUGUGCCAACCCCAGGCACUAGUGCAACUCCAGGACUUCGUCCAGGCCUUGGCAAGCCUCCAACAAUGGAUCCUCUGGUUAACCAAGCUGCUGCAGGCUUGCGGACACCAUUGGCAGUACCAGGACCUUAUCCUGCUCCAUUUGGAAUGGUACCUCAUGCUGGCAUGAAUGGAGAAUUAACCAGUCCAGGUGCAGCCUAUGCCAGUUUGCACAAUAUGUCACCCCAGAUGAGUGCUGCGGCUGCUGCAGCUGCUGUGGUUGCCUAUGGAAGAUCUCCUAUGGUUGGGUUUGAUCCUCCUCCUCACAUGAGAGUACCUGGAAUUCCUCCAAAUCUGGCAGGGAUUCCCGGGGGAAAACCAGCCUACUCCUUUCACGUUACUGCAGAUGGUCAGAUGCAGCCAGUUCCUUUUCCUCCUGAUGCUCUCAUUGGUCCAGGAAUCCCUCGCCACGCCCGUCAGAUCAACACUCUGAACCAUGGGGAAGUUGUGUGUGCAGUUACCAUCAGCAACCCCACGAGACAUGUGUAUACAGGUGGGAAAGGGUGCGUCAAAGUCUGGGACAUCAGCCAGCCUGGCAACAAGAGCCCUGUCUCCCAGCUGGACUGCCUGAACAGAGAUAACUACAUCCGCUCUUGUAAAUUGCUGCCUGAUGGAUGCACCCUAAUAGUUGGUGGAGAAGCCAGCACAUUAUCCAUAUGGGACCUGGCAGCACCAACUCCUCGUAUAAAAGCAGAGCUGACAUCCUCAGCCCCUGCCUGCUAUGCUCUGGCUAUCAGCCCUGAUUCCAAGGUAUGCUUUUCGUGCUGCAGUGAUGGGAACAUUGCAGUGUGGGAUCUGCACAAUCAGACAUUGGUCAGGCAAUUCCAGGGCCACACAGAUGGAGCCAGCUGUAUUGACAUUUCUAAUGAUGGUACCAAGCUCUGGACGGGAGGUUUGGAUAACACUGUCAGAUCCUGGGACUUGAGAGAAGGAAGACAGCUACAACAGCAUGACUUCACAUCACAGAUAUUUUCCCUUGGUUAUUGCCCUACUGGUGAAUGGCUAGCUGUGGGAAUGGAGAGCAGCAAUGUAGAAGUGCUACAUGUAAAUAAACCAGACAAAUAUCAACUGCACCUUCAUGAGAGUUGUGUAUUGUCACUCAAGUUUGCUUACUGUGGUAAAUGGUUUGUCAGUACUGGGAAAGAUAACCUUCUUAAUGCAUGGAGAACUCCUUACGGAGCCAGUAUCUUUCAGUCCAAAGAAUCUUCGUCAGUGCUUAGCUGUGACAUCUCUGUGGAUGAUAAGUACAUAGUCACUGGCUCUGGAGACAAAAAGGCUACAGUCUAUGAAGUUAUCUACUGAAAAAUAUGAUGGGGAUAUAACUUAAAAGUUGAACUGGGCCAAAAUCGUUCCUAAUUGUAGAAGUAGAAAAGUUUUGCCUUUUAAAAAGGAACAAAAGUAUUGAGGUUCCAGACUUUGCCAUGAACCUACUUCAAUUUUUCAAAAUAGAAGGCAACAUCCAGCAACUAAAUAUUGGCUACGUGGACCAAAUGGAACACAGAGGCAAGACGGACAGAUGUAGCCUAGGUUUUUGACAUAGUUUUUAAAAGCCGAGUCUACUGAAGACUGUUGGAGCCUUUUAUUUUUUUCCUUUCUUUGUAACCUCAUGCAAAUUGUUCUCAUUGCCUGAUUAUGGGGGAUAAAUACUUUUAUGUUCCGUGCAGUUCAAGUUGCAUUCUGUCCUGUGUAGAGCAGUGGUGUCUCAGA